AUGAUGAAUAGCUGGGAGGAUACUUUAGGGGAUGGCAAAUCUGGGGGAAAUGUACAAUUAGAAGAAAUUACCAAAAAGUUAGACGCCAAUUUGAAUUUACACAAUGAAAGCAAUUUGGAGAUUAAUCAGGAUAAUCCUGCACUUUUAAAUGGUGAAUUACAAACUCCUGGAACAAUGCAGCAAUCUAACAAUACACCGGUAAAGCCUUUAAAUGCUUCCCUAUUGGAGCCAGACCCAAGGCCUCAUAUGAAUAUUGUUUUUAUAGGGCAUGUCGACGCUGGUAAAUCAACUACCUGUGGCAAUAUAUUGUAUACUUGUGGGUUAGUGGACCAGCGAACAAUGGAAAAAUAUGAGAGGGAAGCGAAAGAAAAAAAUAGAGAAUCUUGGUUUUUGGCAUUUAUUAUGGAUACAAACGAAGAAGAAAGAAGCAAGGGAAAGACAGUAGAAGUAGGUAGGGCGUCGUUCAACCUGAAUAAUAGAAGAUUCACUAUUCUGGAUGCGCCUGGUCAUAAGAGUUUUGUCCCAAAUAUGAUAUCUGGAGCAAGCCAGGCAGAUAUUGGUGUUUUGAUCAUAUCUGCAAGGAAAGGUGAGUUUGAAACAGGUUUUGAAAGGGGUGGCCAGACUAGAGAACAUGCAAUGCUUGCAAAGACAUUGGGAGUUAAUCAGUUGAUCGUUGCAAUUAAUAAAAUGGACGACCCUACAUGUAUGUGGGACCAAAGCCGCUAUAAUGAGAUCGAGAAAAAGCUGACACCAUAUUUAAAAACAUGUGGAUAUAAUCCCGCCAAAGACAUUUUUUUUGUCCCGAUUUCAGGACAAUACGGUCAAAAUUUGAAAUAUCAUGUUUCCGAUAAUUCCAAUCCAAAAUAUUUUGAUGAAAGGGCUUCUUGGUAUAGCUUGGAGAAACCUACAUUAUUUGAUAUUCUAGAUAAACAUAUAUCUGUUCCCGAUCGUUCAUCCGGUAACGAAGAUAAUGGAAUCGUUCGUAUUCCUUUGUUGGACGGUUAUAGAGAUAACGGUGUCAUUGCAAUGGGGAAAAUAGAGUUAGGAACAAUUAAAUGUGGUGAUAAUUUGGUUGUAAUGCCUAAUCGUGCAAAGGCAAAAAUACAAAGUAUUUGUCUUGGAGAAGAAACCGACGAAUAUGCAUGGUCAGGACCAGGUGAAAAUGUUAGAAUAAAAUUACUUAACAUUGAUGAAGACUCACUUUCAAAAGGAUUUGUGUUAUGUUCUCAAAACAACCUGUGUCCAGUUGUAAAGAGAUUCAAAGCGCAAUUGCUUCUCGUUGAACUGUUGGAACAAAGACCAUUGGUAACGAAUGGAUAUGAAUGCAUUAUUCAUUGCAACACAUCUUGCGAGGAAGUCUGCAUUGAGGAGUUAUUGGAAGGUGUAGAGUUAUCCACAAAAAAGAAAAAAUCUAGGCCAGCUUUUGUAAAAUCUCAAUAUAUGUUAAUAUGUAAUAUGUCUCUUGCGAACCCACUUUGCAUUGAAGAAUUUAUUAAAUGUCCCCAGUUGGGGAGAUUUACAUUGAGAGAUGAAGGUAAAACGAUUGCGGUUGGUAAGGUAUUGGAAAUAUUAGACAGCUUCUGA